AUGAAGCACAGGAAGUGCUUCUCAAAGGCAUCAGUUACUGAUGUUCUGAAACCAGAUAAGCCAUGCUCAGGAAAAGACCACAAAGUGCAUUUGUCAAAUACUGUAAAGGGAACGGCAGUACAACAAACUAAUAAAGAUAUUUCAGCCCAAAGGAUACAGAGAGCUUGGUUAUCUCAUAUGGACCAAACAAUAUUUCAACUCCUAAAGCACACGAUUCGUGCAGCAGAACUUCGUGUGACACAUCAAAUACUGAAGGAAGUGAGCCCCUUAGAGGCUGAGCUUGUGAAAGAUCCUAGCAUGAAGUGUAAAGUUAGAUUCAGAUUUAGUGGUGAAACAUUUCCACCUGUCAUCGUAUUUAAAAUUUUUCUUCAUACCGAAGGACAUGGUUACAACUAUUUCAGUGGAAAAAAAUUCUUAAAGCCAUCGAGUGAGGCAGUGGCCGAUGCUUGCAAAAUAAUGGGGAAAAGGAGAUUUUGUCAUCAAGUUAUGGAAGAGGAACGUUUUUUCCAGAAGUUCAAAAUAACUGAUGAAAUUGAUAUUGUCACCCUGCAAGAUUACAUGCAAUACUCCAGUCUUCUGGAUGAGACUCCUGCAUCCUAUGGUGGCAGAAAUAACUACUGGCGAAAAUUAAACCUCAAAAACAUCCCCAGGACGAUGAUAAUAUAUGACACAGUUCAUUAUGCAGAGUCUGGAAUAAUCUCACACCGUCUACAAAAAGAAAUGAAGUAUCUGUUACAGAAGCCACAAACGGAAGAGAUGCGUAAGCACCAGCUAUGGAUUGUUUCUGAAGUUAGAUGCCCUUCAUCCUUUCCAACUAGCCAACCUUUGUAUGGGCCCUACCAACAGCAGAGUCAAAUUCAACAUCUGGGUCGUCGAUCUAAGCAAGCUCAAAUGAAAGUCGAAAAAAUGAAAAAAGCUUACAAGAUGGCUAAAGAAAAAAAUGCUUCUGUGGGGACUGUAAGUUGA